ACCGCUGCCGCGAUGCCCCCCCCUGCGCCCGGGGCCCGGCUCCGGCUUCUCGCAGCCGCCGCCCUAGCUGGCCUGGCCGUCAUCAGCCGAGGGCUGCUGUCCCAGAGCCUGGAGUUCAGCUCUCCCGCGGACAACUACACGGUGUGCGAAGGCGACAACGCCACCCUCAGCUGCUUCAUCGACGAGCACGUGACGCGCGUGGCCUGGCUGAACCGCUCCAACAUCCUGUACGCGGGCAACGACCGCUGGACCAGCGACCCGCGGGUGCGGCUGCUCAUCAACACCCCCGAGGAGUUCUCCAUCCUCAUCACCGAGGUGGGGCUGGGCGACGAGGGCCUCUACACCUGCUCCUUCCAGACCCGCCACCAGCCCUACACCACUCAGGUCUACCUCAUCGUCCACGUCCCUGCCCGCAUUGUGAACAUCUCCUCGCCUGUGACAGUGAAUGAGGGGGGCAAUGUGAACCUGCUUUGCCUGGCCGUGGGGCGGCCGGAGCCCACGGUCACCUGGAGGCAGCUCCGAGACGGCUUCACCUCGGAGGGCGAGAUCCUCGAGAUUUCCGACAUCCAGCGGGGCCAGGCCGGGGAGUACGAGUGCGUGACUCACAACGGAGUGAACUCCGCGCCCGACAGCCGCCGCGUGCUGGUCACAGUCAACUACCCGCCGACCAUCACGGACGUGACCAGCGCCCGCACCGCCCUGGGCCGGGCCGCCCUCCUGCGCUGCGAAGCCAUGGCGGUGCCGCCGGCGGAUUUCCAGUGGUACAAGGAUGACAGACUGCUGAGCAGCGGCGCGGCCGAGGGCCUGAAGGUGCAGACGGAGCGCACCCGCUCGAUGCUUCUCUUCGCCAACGUGAGCGCCCGGCACUACGGCAACUACACGUGUCGCGCGGCCAACCGGCUCGGAGCGUCCAGCGCCUCCAUGCGGCUCCUGCGCCCAGGAUCCCUGGAGAACGCGGCCCCCAGGCCCCCGGGGCCCCUGGCCCUCCUCUCCGCCCUGGGCUGGCUGUGGUGGAGGAUGUAGGCGCGACGGGAGCCGCCUCCCCCUGCAGGGGCCUCGGGCCAAGAGCAAGAGGAAGGGGGAGCCGAGCCUGGGUCUCGAGCGGCGGAAGAGCUCUCGGCCACCAAGGAAGAGGAGAGGAAGAGGAGGAGGAAAGAUCUUUAGAGAACCCAUCACUGUGAGGGAUAACGCAAAAUUAUGCAUCUUUCUACAGCCAUCGUCGCCACCCGUUCACGUUGCCGAUUGUGACCCGCCCCCACCACCCCAUACCCCUCUCUUCGCUCAGGCUGUCGACGGGCUCGUGUGGGUGUGCGUGUGCGUGUGAGUGCGCCUGCAUGUGUACGCGUGUGUGUGGGUGGGCUGGGGAGGAGACUCGGCGUCCUCCUGCCCUGGCGCCCCCAUGUCCACUGUCCCCUCCCCGCGGCCCCUCCCCUCUGGCCGGAGGUGGGUACCGGCUCCGCGAGGGAGCUAGACGGCCGCCCUCCCUGUCGCCAGGGCGUCUCCUGGGCAAGUCGGGAGCAGGGUGCGCGCUCACCUGUCAGGCUGUCCUUCAGCCUUUGUGAAUAAGAGGGGACGUCCAUCUGGGCUCCGGGCCUCCCUGCUGUCAACUACCAGCUGCCUGUAGCCAGAGGCCCCAUCGCUGGCUCAGUGGCCUGAGACCUUCCCACUCCCCCCGUCCCUCCCCGCCCGGGACUUUCUGGCCCUCUCCUGGGCCAAUCGGUGCUUCCAUCCAACUGUCAGGCUGGUGGCAGUAGUCGCCAGUCUCUCAGUGCUUUGCCCUACCCCCGCUGCCACUCCCCUUGGCCACCUGUGGCAUCAACCAGCUGCCCCGGCCCCUGCAGCUGGCCCACAGGUGUGGCUCGCUGUUCUGCCACUCCCCAGCCUCUCUGCCACUGUCCCUCCCAAAGGCCGCCUGGCCGCCCUCACACACACUCACACACACACACCAGCGACUGUGACCAGCAAUAGCCCCCUGGCUCCAGCUGUCCUGUGGCUGGUGACUAGCUGUAGUUCCCCCCAGGGUGGGCGACUGUUGUCAGGAAGGGACGCUGAGAGGCUGUAGCCUCGGCUCUGACUGUAGGAAUGCGCCACCCUGGCACACUGCGCCAGGCAAAUCAGGGCAGAGAGAGGCGUCACACAGACAUGCUGAGCCCAGACUAAGAUGCCAUGUCACCAGCUCCGACUCCCAGGAGACCCUCUCUAUAAGCACCCACCCCAAACCACACCACCCAGAGCUCGGUGGAGAAGAGGGCAGAGCGGGGCAGAGGGCAAGGGGCAGUGACUGUACCUCAGACGGGGGCAUGGGCCCCAUCCCACAUUGUCUUCCAUUCCCAGGGUCCAGGGGACAGGGUGGGGUAGGGGAGGGAUGCAAGGGAGGGGGUGGGGGGCCCUGGGGGCCGUGUGUUCCAAUUCAUGGGGAGUGUUGAGACCACCACACCAAUAAACGCCUU